UACCCCCUCUGUGAUGAUUUUUAUUUCUACUCUUCUAAGGAUUCAUCAUUGCGCUGAUGUACAGUUGUGUUUUGCCUUGUACAAUUGUUUAUGGACUUGAGAUUUUGUUGAAAUUGGGUUUGUGAUCCACUUAGAUCUUAUUGCAUCAGAUUGAUUGGUUAAGAUGUUGUUUCGGUGCCUCGUGCCUUUACUAUCUCUGACUCUCUGUGUCGGUAUGCAGGUCGUGGACCUCACCCACGAGCACAGCUACACCACCAUCUACUGGCCCGGGAACCCCGCAUACAACUUCACCGUGUUACACCGAAACAAUACAGCCAGUGGAUUUUGGUACGAAAGUAACUUCUUUGCCACGGCAGAACACGGAGGAACACAUGUGGAUUCUCCAGCUCACUUUUACAAGGGAGGAUGGCGAACACAGCAAAUUCCGAUGGAAAGACUGGUAGGCAAAGGAGUCGUCAUCAACGUCAAAUCGAAGGUGUCCACAAACUACGACUAUCGCGUCAGUGUCGGAGACCUCACUGAUUGGGAAAACAGCUACGGACGUAUCCCUGACGGAGCGGUGGUUCUGAUGAAUUCCGGAUGGAGUGACAAUUACCCGGAUAAAAACGACGUGUUCAAUACCACCACUCCUGAUGACCCAAGUACUUUUCAUUUUCCUGGUUGGCACGAGGAUACUGUAACAUGGCUGACUAAAAAUAGAAAAGUACACGUCAUAGGUGUGGACACGCCCUCGGUGGAUUACGGUCAAUCAAAAACUUUCCCCACUCACGUGAUACUUGGUAAAAAUGAUAUAAUUGGGGUAGAGAACGUCGGUUUCUUGGAUAGGAUACCCGAGAGUGGAAGCACUGUUUUUGUCGCCGUUCUGAAACUCACAGACGGAAGUGGCGGUCCAGCGAGAGUGUUUGCUGUGGUCAAUGAAAAUGAAACGCCAUGCACUUCAGGAAGUAAUGCUCAUUUCGUCAAGUUUUUCCCCAUGAUUGUUCUGAUCAUACUAUUUCACCUCUAGACAGUGUUGCAAUUCCAUUCCAUUACUUGAUUUGGGUUAGUCUUAUUACAUGUAAAACUUAUACGGUACCAAUUUUGAUGCACCAGAUGCGCAUUUCGACAAAUAAUGCCUCUUCAGUGAUGCUCAACCGAAAUGUUUGAAAUCCGAAAUAACAAUGAAGUUUUAGAGCUAUUAUAGCCAAAAACAGCGUGCCAAAAAAAAGUGCAGUGAAAUUCGUCUAAUCUUCAAUGACAAAGUUCUACUGUAUGUGAAACGUAAUCCAUUUAUUGUUAAACUAUGCUGAAUUACUAUGAUUAGAAUUUAUCAAAAAUAUCAACUUAUUGAAACGUUGAAGAUUGCUACAUAUAUUACUAUUUCAAUGUAUGAAUGUCUGAAAAACUAAAUGCACCCGUACAGUAGAUACAAUACAUUGUGAAUAUUGAAUAUACCGUGAAACUUUUUCAG